AAGGACAUAUUUUGUCUUCCAUUGAUUUACAUUUUUGACAAAGGCCGUCGCCAUAUGCGGUACAGGUGACUCUAUUGUCGCAAAACAAAACAUAUGACGUCAUCUGCCGCAAACCAGGUAGGUCCAAAGUUCAACAAUUCCAACAUGGCGGCCUAUCGGGUCCAAAACUGUCUCGAGUUGCGAGACCUCAUCGACUUGGACUCCGAGGGACACUUUCUCCAAGAUUACUACCUUCUUAGAUCCGUUCUCAAACAGAUAAACGAUCUUAGAGACGAGGGGAGCUUCUGUGAUGUGAUUUUGCGGAUCAGAAACCGAGAAUUCCGCGCGCAUCGCCUGAUACUUUCCGCGUACAGUGACUAUUUUCGUUCGAUGUUCAGUAGUUUUUGGGCCGAGAGUGGUCAAGCCGUGGUCCACCUCCAAGACGACUACGUAACUCCAGACUCCUUAGAAGCCGUUCUCAAGUUCAUGUACACUACAGAGGUUGACGUCACCGCUGAAAACCUCUGUAGCAUCCUCCUAGCGGCCGACCAUCUCCAAGUCAAAACUUUGACCCAGAAAGUCGACCAGUACUUGGCGGAGAGGUUUCAAAAUGAUCCUGGAGGAUUUGGCGUCGACGAAUAUAUCGAGAUUUUGAUCUUGUCCGAGCGUUUUCAGCUGAAUGCUAGUUAUGACGCCGAACAGCAUGCGGCACUGAAGUUUCUGGAACUUUCGAGGAGAGAAGACUUCUAUGAACUGCUGACAGUGGAAGCCCUGGAGGCCAUCCUUGCGCUAGUGAACCCCCUUCACCCAUUCUCCCAGCAGAUCAUGCGUAACAUGAGGGGUAGUGUGUGGGGUCCAGAGUGGGAGCCUGUCUCACAGACACAGGUUUUCCAGGUGGUUCUGAAGUGGAUUGACCACGACAGGAAACAGAGACUAGACCUGGCCGCCAGACUGCUCCGCAAAAUCAACCUGGACUCAGUCGACCCACGGGACCUACGGACGGCCAAGAAGAAGCUACAGGAUGUACCAGAGUGUGUGUGCAUGCUGCACCAGGCCAUAGUGGAUGUGUACGGUGAGGAGGCAGACUCCCCCAUCCCCAGUAUUGACCAACUGGACAUCUCCCUGUCCACUCUGGACAUGGCUCAGUACUGUCCGAUGGCGGGGAAUCAGGUGUUACUGGCGAUGGGAGGUUACAGUCCCAAUGCACACUACUACGACCCUGUUCAGAAAGACUGGUUCUCCCUACCAAAGCUCCUCUACCCGUGGAAGACCUGCCUUACCGAAGUCGGCGACUGUCGCUGCAACCCCUCGCUCCUCUGCGUGGGAGAUUCCAUCUACAUCUUUGGCGGGGAGACCAGUAGCGGUCUUGGAGUCCAGGAGAACCUUCGCUACAACAUCUCCACCAAUAGCUGGGACGAGAUCCCGAGAGUCGGCUAUCACUUUCGUCCCGCGUGCGUCCUGUUGGGUGACUGCAUAUAUUUGAUAUCGUCGCACCACAGCUUCAAGUUGCACAUUCCGUCUCUCUUGUGGAGCGAAGUCUCACACCAACCGCACGAGCUAAAGGAUGCCGCGGUGGCCGCGUACAGGGGACGGAUCUACGUCAUCGGAGGUAUGGAGGAGACGCGUGACGGACCCGUACACGACAAGGUGCAAGUGUACGACCCGGAAACUGACACCUGGGCGGACCAGGCGCCCACGCGACGGAAGCACAGCUUUGCAGCUGCUCUCGUCAUCAACGACCAACUGUACGUAGCGGGCGGACUCACGACUAACGAAACCGACGAAGACAACGGAGAGAUGGUGAACUCGCAGGUUGUUGAAGUCUACGACGAACAGAUGGGUGAUUGGACGUUGGUACCGCAGCCCAACGUGUCGUCAAACAACCUUGGUGCAUUCCAAAUAGGACAGCGACUAUACUUCAUGUUGUGUAGGACGUGUUUUGAUGCUGGGAUAAACAUUCCAGAGGACGAAGCAUACUCAUUGGACGCGUGGACGGACGUGAAAUCGUUUGAGUUCGGGGCCGCGGUGGUGUGUUGCAAUAUGGACGUUGAUGUCCUCAUGUGAUAUGUAUAUAUAUCGCAUCCUCGCUCCGCAGAUAGACAUAGCCAAUCAGAGAUGGCCCAUGGUGUUAUUUUUGUACACGUAGCGGCGCUUUUUGGCACCAAGUGUUGCAAAGUCUGCAAAGUAUCCAAACAGAAGCUACGCUUCUCCAAGAGAGGGUAACUAGGGAUGGAUGCUUGCAACUUGCAUUUAGCAUUCUGAAUGUCUUGAUGAGGUUGGGUACCGUACCGUACAGUACCGUAUAGCGGUAUAUGAAACCGGUAUCUCUUGCUGGAUCGGGAAAAAUAACUGACCAGUAAAAAAUCAGUGGACCGGUUGUUGAACCGAUUACGUAGAAAAUGGACAGUGAUUUGAUUGGUUAGAAAAGGGCACAAUUUUGUCGUUUGCUGCAAAGGUUCAUUUUGAGGUUGCCCUUUAAACAGUCAGCACUAAUGUGCACUGAAAAUAACUUAUUGAUAACUUAUUAAUAAUCAUUCCAAUUUUAGCAUCAUUUGUAGCGCUCACAGAAACCUGUACUAAUGUCUCGCUAUCCAAAAUAUGAUACAGCACAACUGUUCAGGUUCAGAUGCAGAUCCAUACCUGGACCUGAUCCUCUGGACCUGGACUGUAUAUGUAUCUGAAGUUUCUGUACUGGUACCCACCCCUAGUCUUGAGAAUUAUUCCUCUUAUGUAUUGGCUGGAUUUACCAUCUGCAUUUGAAUGGUAGUUCUGGUAAAAUUCAAGCUUUGUAGAUAAUGUCUACCUGCACCAGUCCGAAGUAGCAUCCUGUAUUGUAGCAAUUAUUGUCACAGGAUUUAAUCCAAUGUCCAUACUCAAACAUUCUUUCAUUUUGGGCAAAAAGGAAUAGACAGUUUGUAGAGUACUCUAAGUACAUUGAAGUUGGCUGCGGUUUUAUUUUCAUGGUUUGGCGAUAAGCUCUUCAUUGUGAACUCAAAACUACCGCAAAAUGUUUUGUUCCGUCUUCUGCCCACCUACUCCUUUGUCUAAAUGCAAUGUGUACAAAAUAAUUAUACAUUGUACAGUAUUAUGAUUCUUUGGAGGCAACAAGUACUGCUGCCGUGUCCAUCUGUCGCACCCAUGCUAUUAAAGUUGCUAGCACAUUGUAGGUGGUCUCUGUAAAGGCACCGAUGUUUCCAUAAUGUACAGUACAGUAUGUGACUGAAGCUCUAUUGCAAAUUCAUGAUAUAUUCUGUUACAACUAUUCAUAAAGGGUGUAUUUUGGAUUCUAUUGUUUGUAAAAAAACAUUGUAUAGAAGGCAUUCCAUUAGGAGUUCAAUUCCUAUGUUAAACUUCAUGGCUUGUGUAAAUUUAAGCAUAAAAUUAAUUAUUUAUGAUUUUAUUGUGCAAUAUAUAUUAUAUGCAAUCGGCAGCUGCUUUAAAGGAUCAAAUAUUGACAUAUGUGUCAAUAUUUUGUGUUUGAGUAUGUGCUUUGGUGAUGAAGGUUGUGGAUUGUAAAAUAUUCCUUGCAACAAUGACAAAAUAGUUAUAAUUUAGGCCAUGUUGAUUCGACUGUAUGGAUGACAUUAGCGCAUGCAUCAAUUUUCGGCCAUUUGAAAUUAGAAGUUUUGGACCAUGUGGCAGAUGUUUUGUACAAUGCAUCUGCCAGAAGAGUAGAUAUAUGUCAUGGAUUCGAAAAAAAUUUGGAAAACGGAUACUGUUUGAAUGCCAAAGCCAAUUCCAAGGUACAAAAAUAUGUGAAAGAACAAAAAUGAACACAUUUCUCUGUAUACGUUUGUCUAUGUUUUGACGUUUGUUCAGCCUUCCUGACCACUUAGAUUUCAUAAGGAAGGCAACCUUUUUGCCCCUUUUUUUAAGUUUUUACAUCAAUUUUUGGGGUUCCUAGAGGAUGUCAUCCAUAUAAUCAUAUCAGCAUGGCCUUAAUAUUAACCUUUUUUGCUAUCGUAAUUUUUGUAGCCCAUUUAUAUACCACCAGAUUUGUCAGAAGUAAAGCAGAUUAAAAGUAAAGAGAUUUUUA